GGUUCGAUUCUCAAAAUUACUUUCCGACUCCUAAUUCUAGGGCUCUACCUCACAACAAUGGAAGCUGAGCCAACAGACAUCGACGUAGAAGCUCCUCCUGCCGAAGGAUUGAAACGGUACAAGAGGACGAGAAGGAGAAAAGAGCAACAGAAUGCGCCUGCUGAGCAGCGGCAGCAGAUGGAGGCCCCGCCGCUGCCUCUGCCGGAGGUGCCGGCCGAGGAUGUGUCCGGUCAGGAGGCUCCACCGCCAGUUCAAUUGUCGUUGUUCGAUGAUUCCGUGGAAAAUCACUUCAGAGCUAUUGAUACUAUCUCCCAGCUCUGUGGCGAGCCGGAUAUUGAUGAUUCUACUGAUCAAGCUGAGCUUCGACGAUAUGGUUCUUCAAUCACAUUCCUAUCAGAAUGGAGAUAUUUUAAAUACAAACCGAGAAGCAUAAGAUUUGCUUGUGAAAGUGAGAGUGGUAAGGGGAAAGAUGUCAACGGUGAAACUAUCUUGCCUCAAUUUUCAGCCGCAAGUGUUCCCAAGGUCCUCUUUUUGUACGUUUGUUUUGAUUAUAUGAUGCAGGGGGCGUCAAUGAAUGAAAAAGCAACAUCUCCUCAAUCCUGCAAAGAUGUUGUAUUCUAUGUUGGAGGUUCUGUUUGGGGUAUAGAUUGGUGUCCCAGAGCUUAUGUAGAUUCAGAAACUCUCAUCAAAAGUGAGUUUGUGGCCAUUGCUGCUCACCCCCCUGGAUCUUCCUAUCAUAAGAUUGGUGCCCCACAUACUGGCAGAGGUAUCAUUCAGAUAUGGUGUUUGCUGGAUAGUCAAUUGAAAGAAGAUGUGCCAUCUCAAGUUAAGAAAAAGUCAGGGCAAAAUUCAAGAAAGUGUGCGAAAGUUAAGGAAAAAUCAUCUCUUCCACAACGGCCAAGAGGAAGACCCAAGAAGAAACCUUUGAAUGUGUCAUCAUUAGAUGAUAAAAAUCCUGAUGAAUGUGCUGAGACACCUCUUGCUGUUGAAUAUCCUAAAGAACCAUCCACACUUCACUCCACAGCCAUGGCUUGUGAAAAUAUCAGCAUGGCCCAAGAAGACUCUAGAAGGGAGAAGGAGAUAUCUAACCAACCAGCAUCAAUAGAUACCACUGCUUCAAAACGCAGAAGAUUGGGGAACAAUGCAAGAACAAGAGGCCAGACCUGUGAUUCUGGUUUGCCCUUGCUAACACUGGAUGCAAAUGGAGAACCAUCUUCCAUUGCAAGUUCUCAAACAUCUGGAAGUCUUGCUCUCAUUUCUAAUAAAUCAAGUGAUAAUGAUGCUGCGCUUAUGCAGACUAUUCCCAAGGAUGUUGCUUUACCUAGAAUGAUGUUGUGUUUGGCCCACAAUGGAAAAGUUGCAUGGGACAUAAAGUGGCGGCCAAAAGAUUUUUCUUGCUGUGAAUCCAGACAUAGAAUGGGUUAUCUUGCUGUUUUGCUGGGAAGUGGAGCUCUAGAAGUGUGGGAGGUCCCUUUUCCUCGUAUAAUUAAAAGACUUUAUUCAUCAGACAAGGAGGGUACUGAUCCUCGCUUUAUGAAGUUGGAACCUGUAUUCAGAUGUUCAAUGUUGAAGUGUGGUGAUAGGCAAAGCAUUCCUUUAACAGUGGAGUGGUCCAUAUCAUCCUCGCGCGACAUGAUUCUAGCUGGAUGUCAUGACGGAGUGGUUGCGUUGUGGAAGUUUUCUAUCACCAAUUCAUCUAAAGACACAAGGCCUUUGCUUUGCUUCAGUGCAGAUACAGUUCCCAUCAGGUCACUUGCUUGGGCACCAUUUGAAAGUAGUCCUGAGAGUGAAAAUGUCAUCAUCACUGUUAGUCACAAGUGCUUAAAGUUUUGGGACUUGCGUGAUCCAUUCCAUCAUUUACGGGAAUAUAAUCCCGGUCAAGGGGUGUCUAUAUAUAGCUUGGAUUGGCUGCCAGAUCCGAGGUGUAUUUUUGUAUCCUGUGAUGAUGGAUCACUAAGAAUUCAGAGCUUGGUAAAGGCUGCCAAUGACUUUCCCAUCACUGGAAAGCCACUCACCAUUUCUAAACAACAGGGAUUUCACACCUAUGAGCGGUCUUUAUUUGCAAUAUGGAGUCUGCACACUUCACGGCUAACAGGCAUGGUUGCAUAUUGUGGUGCUGAUGGUACCAUUGCCUAUUUCCAGCUAAUUAAGCAAUUUGAGAAUGAUCCCGUGAGGAAUCGCAAUCCACAUUUUCUUUGUGGAUCAUUUGUGGAGGAAGAAUCUGUGCUCACAGUCAUAACACCUAAGCAUGACACUCCAUUCCGAAUGAUGAAGACAACUACCAAGUGGUCGGAUUUAUUGAAAACUACACGCACUUCUGCACCAGAACCAAAUCAGGAAAAAAGAGCAAACGGUGAGCAAGCAUCAGAUACGGAACUAGCUUUAUAUUCCAACGAAGAUCCAGACGCUGAAGCUGGAUCCGAUGAUGAUCAGUCAGCAGGUCAGAAGAAGAAACAGGCACCAAAAUCGAAAACAAACAGCAAGAAGAAACCGAAACCUGAUGAACAAGAUGAGGGCAAUCAAGCAGUGCAGGCUGCUGAUGGAACUGAACUACCUCCCAAAAGUGUAGCAAUCCAUAGGGUGAGAUGGAAUUUGAACAGUGGCAGUGAGAAGUGGCUAUGCUAUGGAGGAGCAGCUGGAAUCGUUCGCUGCCAGUGGAUGGACACACCACCUUUUGACUGAUAACAUUCACGUAGGAUAGAAUGCAAACUCGCAACAUGACUUCAACCACCCGUACUGUGUAUGUAUUAUAAUCCAUGUCUAGCCCCUUCUAACAAAAAGUUACCAUGUACAUAUACAACCGAAUGGUAUAUAUUUUAAUUAAUAAUUAAUCAUGUUUUUUUUAGUGGAUC